AUGUCACUAUCGACGUCGUCCUUCCGCUCCUGCUCUUCGGCUUCCUUGUCCACAGUGACUUCCCUUGUACCACGAGCGAGCGCCGGACGGGGGCGAGGGUCCAAGUUCCUAAAUUUCGAAGCCGCGCGGGAUUACAUGCAACGCGAGUGGCCCAACGUGAAAUCCAUCUUGGCGUGGAAAUCGUGGUGCCGAGACGGUGAUCGCCCGGCUUUCAUUCCGUCGCACCCUUCCAACAUUUACGCCGACAGCGGUUGGACGUCGUUUCGAGACUUUGUUGGUCAUAACAAUCGCUGCGUCGGAGGCGUCUGCAUCUCUCAUCGCACAGCCCACGAUGGAAGAUUCUGGUUCGAAACGAACGUAUUAGAGCCACUUUCAGAAGAUUUUGAGGUCUUUCAGCUACCUCGGCGUGCAAAAGCAACGCUUUUAAUCCGAAGAAAAAUCGGGGCUAGCACUGUGUCCGACGACUGGGUCGCCUUGCAGUUGAAGACCACUUCGGAGAGGGGUCUGAUACAGCGCCAGAGGGACGGCCGGUCCACGAGCUACAAGUUUUCGCACUUGACGGCACCGGCGGCCGGGGUGAGUUACGCCUUCAUUCACCCACAAAAGAACAAGGCGAGUCUUCUGGACGACAAAGAAAUAGGCCCGCGAUUGCGUGGACCGCAGCAGCACUUGUGGUUACUUCUAGCUCUGUCGGAGCUCGAGGAUCUUACCCUCUCGUCGGUGCAGCGCACGCUGCUGCAGUGGUGCGACGAAAAACCGAGGAAGACGAGGGAGGAGUGGAUGGAACAGUUGUGCUACAACCAGCGGGAUCAGAUGUCGAACUUGUGCGCACAGUAUUUGGACGAGUCGCUGUAUCGCCCGCUCGGCUUGAAGCAGGAUUUCCUGCGUCCCGGUGCAGACGUGUUCCGCGGAAACGUGUUGCUGUCGGGCGUCCCUUGCCUGCAGCGCCUCUGUCACCAGUGCAAGACGUACUCGCGCCGGGGCGGGGAGUGUUAUCUGUUUCAGCAAGUGCAUACAUUGAAGUUGCAGCCGGUAGUGAAGUACUACGUUGGAAUGAUCCUCGCAGAGGAGCGAUCGCGGGAAGGAGAAGGUGUUCUGCGUGGUGCUUUCAUCAUUCCUUACCAGCUGAUCAAGGAGAAUCACGACACUUUUUUGGCGCACAAUAAGCAAACUGCUGACAAAGAUCUCGUGCCCAUAGCACAUCGAAAGUGGUUGGUUUUAUACCCUCCGUUUCUCGAUGGCGCUAAGUUACGGCCACGGUCCCGUGAACGGCAGAAAAAGCAAAGUGAGUAUUACAUCGAUUUCUCCACACCACUAAAUGCUGAGAAACUUGAUAAGGCUCGAAGACUCCUGUGCUCAGACCAUGGUAACGAUGCGCACGAAAGAAGGUUCGAAAACAGUGCAAGCUUCUUUGCAACAAGCAAACCACAAGAGACCAGAGCGACAACCGUCAUCUCCUGAUCAUGAAGUAUCAGAAUUCAAUAAUGUAAAAGGCGCAGUGGGAGUGGCCGAAACGGCAGCGUCGUAUUUAUAAGUACGUUCUAAUUAUAACUUGCUGCUGCUGCAAGCAC